CGACUGAAUAGCGAUAAGGUUACAGAUGCCCUAAACACACACACUCACACACUCAUUCUCACACACAUAAACUGAGAAAUAGGGAAGGACAGGCUUAAAAAGGAUACGACAGCUACAACAUUGUAACUGGAUACAUGUUUACUCAUAAGAACUCGCUCUAUCUCCGUCUCCGUCGCCGUCGCUGUUCCCCUCUCUAUCUACGCUCAACAUUGCCGCAGUGCAGCAGACAACAAACAACGUCAACGUCAACGCCAACGCCAGCGUCGACGUCAACGGCAGCGUCAAAGCAUCGUCGUAAUCCAACUGCAGCUAAUGCCAGAAUACCACAGAAACAACAACAACAACAACAACAGCAACUACAACAAGAGCAGCAGCAGGUGCAGUUGUUGGUAUACAGGAAACUCAGGACAGGACAGUGACAAGAACAGAAAUAGUGAUAAAA